UCUGCCCCAGUCCUAGCCCCAGCCCAUUGUGACCUCCCUGUCUGUACCCAGGCCUUUGUGACUGUCACCUAGGUAGACUUGUGAGCCAGAGUGACAUCCAAAGUCCCUUCAAAGAGAGUGGCAGGUUAGCCAGGCCAGAGCCUGGACCUGGGGUCAGGACGGGUCACAGGGACCGAUGGAGGGGCCAGAACCCCUGGGACCCUGUGGACAUUCUCACACCCAGCAUCCCCCAGCCCCAGUUUCAAACAACCAUGGAGGAUGCCUGAAUCAGCCCUGUCAGGGAUUUGUAAGGUGGCCCUGUCUGUUCCCCCUUCAGUCCACUCAGUCAUUAGAGUCUUCCAGACCUUUCCCAGCUCCAGGGAUAGGGAGCGGGGGACCCAGAAUGAGAGGAGAAGCCCCUGGGAUGUUUCUGUCAAGUGAAGGAGAGAUUCCACGACAGAGAGCUCGAGAGCCAGCAGGGGCCAGACAAGAAGAGGUUGAGGUAGAGUGGGACUGUCCCCUACAUUCAGGGCAUGAGCAGGGGCCACCCAGGCAGACAGCACCCCCCACCUCAGGACCCAGGCCCUGCCCAUGCCCAACCCUGCCUCCCAGAGGAAGGGCCACGGCUUCAUCCAGACAAGCUCCCACACAGCUUCAGGGCGGGACACUAGAGUCUGCACAGCAAUCCUUUCUGCAGCUGGAGCAGGAGAACCACAGUCUGAAAAGGCAGAACCAGGACCUUCGGGAGCAGCUGGGGGCCCUCCUGGGGCCAGGGCAGCAGUUCCUGCCUCUAUGUUCUGAGCACUCGAGCUGUACAGCGCUGGCCUGGUCCCCCGAGUCAGCCAGGACCCAGCUCCUGGAAGACAGGGCACCUGUGCAGCUGUUAAGGCAGCAGGAGCUCUGCCCAGGGAAAGAGUCUUUUGUGCGGCAGUCCCAGAGUGAGCUGCAACAGAUCCGAUUGUCCUUUGAGAGGAAGAAGAUGGCCAUUACUGAGGUGUGGGACGGUGUGGCCGAGGUACACAUGGCUCUGAACAACCAGGCCACCGGGCUCCUGAACCUCAAGAAGGACAUCCGAGGUGUACUAGAACAGAUGGAAGACAUUCAGCUGGAGAUUCUGGGGGAGAGGGCCCAGUGCCGCACUCAGGCCAGGAAGCAGCAGCAAUUGAUGGAGAAAGGCAGGCCACAGCUGGGAUGUUCGGAGGGCCUAAAGGGCCACCUCUGGCUGCUGGCCUUGAGGCUGCUGCUGGGUGCUCUGCUGGCCUGCACAGCGGCCUACGUGUACGUGGUGGACCCCACACCCUUCGAGGGGCUGGUGCCACCCCUGCUGAGCCGAGCCAACGUCUGGAAGCUCAGGGCCUUACUGGGUCCCUUCUUACGCCUGGAGGUGGACGACUUCCUGCCUUUCUAG